UGCAGUAAGGCGCAGGUUAUGCAGCACUCGGAAUUGUUCACCCCAAGAGUAGACAGUAGAUAGUUGGAAGUGAUGGAUCUCUCAAUAAGUGCUAGGGGCUUUGGCGGAAUUUUAAAGGAUUUACAGGGACGAUCCGUGCAAUCAGACAGGUUGAGACUCAAAUUGGCCGGACCAAGCGUGCAACAACCAGAACAACGUGCAGAAGAAAGGCGAACCGAACAACGUGGGCCACCAAGAGCUGUGAGGUGUUAUCAGUGUGGUGGCAAAGGACACUUAGCACGCGAAUGCAGACGUGUUUGA